GGUAUCGCUAGGUAUCUCAGGUACCUACACCCCAUCGCUGCAAAAUUCCUGAGCUAUAAUCGCAGCCUCUGCUUUUUGCUUCCAGGUUCCCGGCUCCAGGGAAGCAGUUGAUGGCCCCCGUCUCAUCCCUUAAGUGGCCGCGCUCCCACUCUUCUAGCCAUACUAAGCGCUUGCUCUGCGUCUCAAACCCCCUUUUGAAGCGAUCCUGGCAAUCUUGGAGCCGUUUCCCUCCCGCCGAUCCAGACCCCCCAACGGCUACUGCACUCUCUUUCGCCUUCUUAUUAUCGGGCCGCCGGCGGUUUUGUUUAAGAUUACCAAAAGAUGACGCGCCACCGCGUCCGGCAGGACGACUUGCAUGAGUACUCUGACGGUUCGAAUUGGUCGGACGGUGAAUCUUCGUCGAGCGAGGAUAGUGUCGAAGUAUUCGAUGUCGAGUCUAAUAACGGCGGGUACAAUACCGGUCUGUCGGACAUUGAUAGCUUCGACCCAGACGAUAUCGGACUAGACGAUAUCGACCCAGAAGAUGCGGCAAAGCUCUUUGAGGGAAACCUGUACUCUCCAGAAUACUAUGUCCGAUGUAUAUACGAGUUUAAAGAGUCGGCCUUCGAUGGUGAAGACUAUAGUGCGGGGAGUAAAGUACUCCUUGAUGGAAUAGAGGAUCUCUGGAAUCAGUAUUGUGCGUUCAUCAAGCGCGACCCCCAGAGGGCCUUUGAGUCGGUCACUCUCGCGUUCCUCAACUCCUUCUUCGACUGGCUCCUGAGUCAGAGAACUGGCAAGGACGGGAGAAAGAAAAGGGGAACGACGAAGAGCAGUUCCCUCGGGACGUACUGGAAAGUAUAUCGGCUCGUCUACGAGAGGGCCACAGGCGAGAAGCUUGACGCGAAAUUGAACCGGAAAAUGCACAGCGUGCUUAAACUUCUUGCCAAAAAGCACAACCUGAGCGACCAUAAACGCGAGAAUAGGUGUAUGACAAUCGACAACCUCAAGGAGCAGGUCGAUACGACGCUACGCACCACCAAGAAGUCGUUUAGCCUAGGAGAGCUCCGAAUCCUUUGCAUUUUGUUCCUCCUCUUGCUCGCCCCAACCGGUGCCCGCCCCACAUCGGUCCUUCUCCUCCGCUUCGGAGAUAUCCGUAUUAUAUUAGCCCGAGAUCCUGACGGCGGCCCACACAAGAUCCCCACCAAGCCCACCCCAGAGCCCACGAAGACAUACCUUGGCACUAAAGAUGCGAAGACCGUGACAAUUCCCGAAGUCCUAUUCGACCCAUCUCUGACUCUUAGUGUUCAAACCUUCCUCCUCGGCAUUCUCUUCCGGCAUCGGGCCUUCGAGGCGCCAAGUUUAACCUGGCCCGAGAGGCUGACCCAACUUGAUAUCCACCCAGGCGAACAGGAGCUGCCUAUACCACUGAAGGCCAGCAUGAAAGAUGUCCACAUUUUCCGCCGCACCAUCAAGACACUGGCCGGCUACGAGAUAUCGUCAAACAAGCUCAUCAGCUACGGGAUGAUGGCAAGCUGGAUCAAAAGGUGUGGUGAGAUUGCAGGGAUGGAAGUGCCGACAAUCCCGUAUAAUUUGCGGUACAAUGCCGCUAAUGGUCUGACGGAUGAGGUGAGCGAUGCGACUAGGAACCUUAUGCUAGACCACGCAAACUCGACUCCGUUCCAAAGGCACUACCUUGGGCGUCAAAUUGUGGGAGACCCAUAUGGAAUCAUUCGUGGACUGAAGCCGCAGAAUGCUUUAGUACAGGCAUCCUGCAGCAUCGGCCAUUCCAUGAGCAAACGGCGCCCCAUAGACCUGACAACCGACCAGGCCGCAUCCAUCAAUCUCCACCCCACCGUCAAACAGCUGGCCCGCCGCAUCGAAGAACUCCGUCAAUUACGAAACCACUCGCGCGGGGCCAUGGACGAGUAUAAGGACGCGGUUCGCAAGCCCCGGAGCGAGAAGCAGAGGCUCAAGCGAGCCCUCAAACAGCAGAUCAGGGACGAGUGGACCGAUAAACAAGCCGUAGUCGACAUCGAGGCCCAACUCAACGAGCUUGGCUUGGUCGAGGACUCGACGGUCGAGGCCUCCAACUGUCCAAUGCGCCCCGCUCAGAGGCGAUUGGUGGACGCCCUCAUGGCCCAAGUCGAAACUUCAAUUGAAGCAGUCCGUUAA